CGCUUGCUUUUUAGACAUCGUCAAACCACCGUUUUAGUUAUAUUUCAUAACUCUCACGUCAUGCUGCAUACCUCCAAUAUAAGGAUUGUGUGUGAAACAGAGUGUAAUAAGAGGUACCUAAAGUAGAAAAUAAGAUAGUACAUCUUGAAAAUAUUACUAUUAUUAUUUCCUCCAGUUUUGUCUAUGGUCUAUGCAUAAACUCAAUUAGACGUUUUAUAUACAUACGGAGUUAUCUAAGUGGAAACAGUCAGUGCCAGUCAGUAAAGAAAAUAUUGAAAUACCAUAAGCCUUUCCAAAAGGUCACGUGCGACGAUAUCUAUUUGAAAAGUUCUCAGUAUGGCUUGAAUCACUUUUCUCCAUAUUGGAGAGCUUUCAUCUAGCAUAGCAAGAGCUACUACAUAACAGCUAGAGGAGAAAUGAAGCAGACUUUGGUUCGACUUGUACGAGCUCGUCGUCCAGAACGAGAUGUUGAAGCCUUAUUACCACCUUUACAGUUAUACAGAUCUAUAUUAAGAGCUCAUGUUCAUCAUUUACCAGUAGAAGUAAGAUUUAUGGGAGAUGAAUAUGUCAAGGCUGAAUUUAAGGCUCACAAGAAUAUCGAUAAUCCUUUACAUAUAGUUGGGUUUUUAACUGAGUGGCAAGACUAUUUAAGGAGUUUAGAGAAGGGUUCAUGGUCAGAAGGUAAGUUGACCAAGCAAGAGUUGGAUAAAAUGUCUCCUGAACAGAUUGGUCAAUUAUAUGAAUUAAUGCAAGCUACCAAGAAGAUAGGUCAAGAGAGUGAUGAAUAAUGUACAUAGUUAAUUCACUCAUGAGUAAUAAAGUCUAAUAUUUCUAAUGCGUAUAUUUCAAAAACCUGUAAUCGUAAUCAAAUUUAUAAACCCUUACCAUAGUUACCAGAAGCAAAGAAAUCAAAGAUGAUCUUAACAAUGUGUUCU